AACAAGACCGGUGUGCGCUCGGCAAAGCGUGAUGACGCAAUGACGCUUCCUGCUCGCCCUCGAAUUGCUGAGUAUCCGGCGCCAAUCAUGCCAGUGAUAGGAGUUAACAACUCGUAAUCAAACUAAGCAACACAUAAACAAAAAAAAAACAAUCUUACGUGUUUAUUUUGUUGCUGGCAGGGAAGUCGAUGGUCUGUCAUUCUCCUGUCAUUGCAUAAAGAGCUUGUUUGCGAAUGUUGAAGCUGUGAGGCUCGCCGUGUAUAACUCGAGUGAGCAGGGGAGAAGUGCAGGCAGAAGAUCCAGAAGGUAACUUUUUUUAAACUGAGGUCUUCAGCUUCCAUCAAUACACCAUGAGUGACAGCGACAGCCAGUUUCACAGCGUGCAGGUGGGAGAUUCAACAUUCACGGUGCUGAAACGCUACCAGCAGUUGCGGGCAAUAGGGUCUGGAGCUCAGGGGAUCGUCUGUUCUGCACUUGAUACAGUACUUGGUUUACCUGUUGCUGUCAAAAAGUUGAGUCGUCCUUUUCAGAAUCAAACCCAUGCAAAGAGGGCUUAUAGAGAACUUGUUCUUCUAAAAUGUGUCAACCAUAAAAAUAUUAUUAGAUUGCUAAAUGUUUUCACACCACAGAAGUCGCUUGAAGAAUUCCAGGAUUUGUAUUUAGUUAUGGAACUGAUGGAUGCCAGCUUGUGUCAGGUUAUCCAUAUGGAUUUAGAUCAUGAGAGAAUGUCCUAUCUUCUUUAUCAGAUCUUGUGUGGUAUCAGACACCUCCAUUCAGCUGGCAUCAUACACAGAGAUUUGAAGCCGAGUAACAUUGUAGUAAAAUCAGAUUGCACUUUGAAAAUCCUCGAUUUUGGCCUUGCAAGAACAGCAUGCACAAAUUUUAUGAUGACCCCCUAUGUAGUAACAAGAUAUUACAGAGCGCCAGAAGUCAUCCUUGGUAUGAAGUACAAGGAAAACGUGGAUUUAUGGUCUGUUGGGUGCAUAAUGGCAGAAAUGAUUCUCCACAAAAUCAUCUUUCCAGGAAGGGAUUAUAUUGAUCAGUGGAAUAAAGUAAUCGAGGUGCUAGGCACGCCUUCGUUAGAGUUCAUGAACAGACUGAUGGAAACGGUCCGGAAUUACGUGAUGAACAAACCGCAGUAUCCAGGAGUUCACUUUGAAGAACUCUUCCCUGACUGGGCCUUCCCAUCCGAUUCAGAGCAUGAUAAAUUGAAAACAAGCCAAGCAAGAGAUCUAUUAUCCAAAAUGCUAGUAAUAGACCCGGAAAAGAGAGUUUCUGUGCAAGAAGCAUUAAGCCAUCCGUACAUACACGUCUGGUAUGAUCCUGCAGAAGCUGAUGCUCCUCCUCCACAGAUUUCUGAUAAGCAGUUGGAAGAGAGAGAACACAGCAUAGAGCAAUGGAAAGAACUUAUCUACAAAGAAGUUAUGGACUGGGAGGAAAGAAACAAGAACGGGAUUGCAAAGGAAGAGACAUCCGAUGCAGCAGUGAACAGCAGUGCCACCGCUUCCCAGUCCUCUUCCAUCAAUGACAUCUCGUCCAUGUCGACAGAGCAGACACUGGCCUCAGACACCGACAGCAGCAGCAUCGACGCCCUGACUGGGAACCUGGAGGAAUGCCAGUGACCCCCCACCCCCAAAGAGACACUGCUUGACACAGGGGUACAAAACAAAACUAAAGCUCUUGCUUCAGUGUUGGACCUAAAUGUUCACUUGUGGAAACUAAGCUGAACCAUAUUGUGUAUGUACUAUGUUUGCUGUGUAUGAAAAUGUAGUAGAACAGUUAUGCUUGUCAGUUUGGGGCUUGGCAAAAUUGGCAAACUGCUUUUGCAGUUAAAGCUUUUUUUUAUUUACUUCAUUUAUAGAUAUGAAAUGUGCUACCAAGCCGUCAAUUGAGAAGUAUAUGUUCUAUUUUAAGUGAGAUAUGUCUCUGUGCAUGUUGUACAAAAGAGAUGCCUAUGCUUUACUUAAUUACAUUAAAAUUGCCUUCAGUUUCAUUUAGAUUGUAACAAUAGUACAUUACACACUCAGCACUUCACUUCAUGUUAAAACUGUGGGGGGGGUUAUCUUUUACUGUUUCGGGCUGUAUUCUUUGUGACGUUUGUAUGUGUUAAAUACACACAUAUACAAAUAUAGACAUGACAUUUACAAAUCAAAUUUAUUUUAAAAACAUUUUUUUUUAAAUGGAAUAUUGCAGGGUUUUGAUUAUCACAAGUAAGUUGUCAAUCAUGCAAGUAAACACAUUUUUUGUUUUUUUGUUGCUGUAGAUGGAUAGCAUCUUUGUAUAAUACACGUGUUUCUUUAAAUCAUUCCACGAGGAAAUGAAUGGGGGGGUGUACAUUUUACAUACAUCGGAAUGUAUUAAAUUGUGCCGGAGGUGUGCACUUUACAGUUUUAAAAAGUAAAACUAUAUUGUUGUAUAAAUGCAUGUUUUUAAACAAAUAACUGGGCUUCAAAGACAGAACACACAUAUUUUACUUUUGAACUGAUCUGGGAAUCGAGAUUCAAGUUGUAUUCAGACUACAAGCAAUCUCAGAAUAGAGAUUCAAGCUGUGUUCAGACUAGAAACAAUGUCAGAGCAGUCCCCCAGACAACUUCUACGAGACCGGUCUCAGAUCCGUUCUGUGCACACACACUUUAUUUAAUCAAUCUGAGGGGGCUGUUUCUUGUCAGAAUCAUCUGAAAUGAGACACUGCAUUAUGGUGACAUUUUUUAGAUGUUGGUAGAUCUUCCCCAGGUAAAAAAUAUUCUGAAUUCUCGAAUCGUGAAAAAACAAGCGCGCAUGGUAUACAAAUCCAAAGAUAUCUUUGAACAGUACCAGGAGGGAACUUCAGUAAAGUUAACACGCACAUGCAUUGUGAUCAUGCAAAAUGUGUACUUAGCUAUUUAAAGAGGCAUUUCUUCUCUAAGAGAGAGGAGGAAAGAUGAGAAACAAUUGGACUUAUUUCAUGAUCUAAAGAGCAUAUCUUGUUUAGAUUUAAAUAAUUAAAGAAGAAUGCAGUAAGAAUGCAAAAGCAGCUUUCCUAUUUUCUGCUGGAUGUGAGUGCAGCUGUGCUGGACAGACACUUACUGAGGAUAUGCAGACCUUUGGACCUGUCUGCUACUGUGCCAAACCUUGACAUUUCACAUACUCCAAAUAACCCUUCUCUUACCACCACGUUUCUGUAACUCUGUUGAAGAUCUGUCAUUAAAAUAUUGAAUAUUU